AUCCUUGUGAUGCAGACAGCUGUUGGAGCGAAUGUUUAGCUUUUAUGUCAACAUGCCAUACAUGUAGGCUACGUUCACGCUCGGCGACACAUCGACAGUGUAAAGCUAUCCGAUAGGCAUUUACGAUUCUUGUUAGCCGUUGGAGUGUGUUACACUUUAGAAUGAUAAUAUAAUGAGUAUGCUCUAACAGGCUAGCACGGCGCCGCUACCCGGUUUGUUUACGAGCAGCAUCGCCCGGUAACGUUUUUAACUACCGUCACACAACAUGGAGUCGCUGCUCGAAUUUGAGAAGUGUGUCAACGAUUCACCUGAGUUCAGACUGGACCUGGAACGGUUUGAGGCUGAUGUUGCUCUGCAGGAGACACAGAUGGAUAAGGUGAUGAGGCUCUGCAAUAAGAUGGUGGAGUCGGGACAAGCGUACAACGCAGCCAAUCAGCUGUUCCUCGGCAGCCUGGCCGAGCUCUUUGUACACCACAAAGAGGACGGCGUCGUCAAGAACUGUCUGAGCCAGUUCAAGCAAGGUCUCCAGGAGUUGCUGGACUUUCACACGAUGUUGUUGGAUCAGACCCAGAGAGCCAUCAGCCAGCAGCUCAACAACCUGUGCAAGCAGUUCCUUCCCCAGCUGGCGGACACCAAGAGGGAGUUUGUGCGUAUCGGUGAGGAUCUAGAGACGGCGGUGCUGAAGAACGCUCAGGUGUCUCGCCACAAGCCCGCCGAUGCCGAGCGGGCCAGCCACCUUCUGCUCGCCACCCGUAAAUGCCACCAGCACUUUGCCCUGGACUACUGUCUGCAGCUCAACACCUUCAAGACUCAGCAGAGGAUUGACAUCUUGAACUCGGUCUUCUCCUUCGUCAACGCUCAGUUCACCUUCUUCCAUCAAGGCUUCGACCUACUCAGAGACCUGGAGCCCACCAUGAAAGUCAUGGCAGCGCAGCUGUCUCAGUGCUCAGCCGACUGUGCAAGCAGAAGGAAAGAUCUGGAGAACUGUCACCUGCUGGUCCAGCAGACAGAUGCUUCGGGAGAGACUCUUGUCAGCCCGUUUCCUGGCAGUGAUGACAUCAUCCAAGGUUACCUUUUCAAACGCUCUCGGCGGAAGUCCAAAACCUGGAAGAGAUGCUGGUUCUCCAUCAGAGAGAAUCAACUCAUUUACAGGAAGUCCCACAAGGAGGCGUCCAUGGUUCUGUUUGAGGACUUGAGACUCUGUGCCGUCAAGUCUGUGGACCACUUAGACCGCCGCUUCUGUUUCGAGCUGUUCUCCGUGCAGAAGUGUUGUGUUCUGCAGGCCGACUCGGAUCCCGUCAAGCUGGCGUGGCUGUCGGCUUUACAGGGCAGCAUCGACAUGGCGUAUCGAGAGCGAGGCGAUGCUCAGCCGACACAGGCUAAGGAGCCUCUGCCUCCAUGUGAAGGCACCAACUCAUCGGCCAAUCAAAGAUCGCCGGUGUUGGCCGUGGCCCUGCAGGGCGCAGGGAACCAUCGCUGCUGUGACUGCGGCCAGGAGGAUCCACGGUGGGCAUCGGUCAACUUGGGCGUGACCGUGUGCAUCGAGUGCUCCGGAAUCCACCGGAGCCUGGGUGUCCAUCUGUCCAAGGUACGCUCGCUCACGCUGGACUCGUGGGAGGCGGAGCAGUUGAAGCUGCUGUGUGUUCUGGGGAACGACGUCGUCAAUGAGAUCUACGAGGCGCGGUGCUCAGAGAGAGGACGACUGAAGCCCACCAUGGAGAGCCCCCGCGCUGAGAAAGAGGCAUGGAUUCGAGACAAGUACGUGGAGAAGACAUUUGUGCGGCUUGACUGCGGCUCAAGCAACACACAGUGCCACGUGGAUGAAGGCGAGCUGCGUCUCUACCGAGCCGCUGUGGCCGGUGACCUGGUCGCCAUGGUAAUGGCACUGGCCCAGGGGGCAGAGAUCAACAGGUGCAUCGCCGAAGAGGAGGGACGAACUGCCCUGAUAGGAGCGGCCGUCGGGGGGUCGCUGUUGGCGUGUGAGUUUCUGCUGCAGAACGGAGCCAACAUCAACCACAGAGACCAGCGAGGACGCGGAGCGCUGCACGCCGCCGCCACCGCUGGACACACGGGGCAGGUGUGCCUCCUGUUGAAGAGAGGAGCCAAUCAGUACGCUGUGGACGAGAGCGGACAGGACCCGCUGGCCAUCGCCGUGGAAACGGCACACGCAGACAUCGUUACGCUGCUGCGCAUGGCGCGGAUGAACGAGGAGAUGAGAGAUUCUGAAGGCGUGUUCGGAGCAGCAGGAGACGACCAGACAUUUCAGGACAUUUUCAGAGACUUCAGCGACAUGGCGUCACAUGAUCCCGAGAGACUGGCCAGACGCAGGUUCAAUCGCGCAGGAGAAGGCGACAUUCCGUAAUUGGUCGGUACCUCGCUUCACCUUGCCUUAACAUGACUGAAGCACCAACAUGAGCAUAAGUGCACAUACGUAGUCACCGGAAACAACGCUAACCUUUACAUAAGACUGUGCUAGUUUCUUGUGGCGCCACCAUCAGGUCAAGACAGGAAUUACUUUUAUGAUCACAUUCCUGUCAGCUAAGUCCUGUUAGCACGCUAACACACUAAAAUGAAAACUUGUCGAACCUCAGCGUGUUAGCAUUGUCGUUGUAUGUUUAUUAGCACGCUAAAGUACACACGUCCAUCAAACCAGGCUGUCAAAAAACUGGGAAGAUAUGAUUUUGUACAACUUGACGUCCAUGUAAGCCAGGGGUGUCCAAAUUUAGUACAUUCAAGAUGCUCAAAGCAAUCCGGCAUAGGUUAAUAUAUGCUAAGCAAUAUGAAGAAAACAUACAUGUUGUUAGUGACAAAGCUAAUUAGUACAGUAAUCCCUCAACUCUUUGCUCUUCAUAUUUUUUCAAAAAUAUAUUAAUGAAUCAUACUGGCCUGUUAUUUAAAAAAAUGCUUAUGUAGCAAAUAUUACCUUGAAUUUUGCCUGAAUUGAGCAUUUUCAAGCAUAAAAAUGACUGCAGAAAUAUAAGGCAUUCAGACGAAGCAUUCAAAAAUAUAUGUAGCGCUCUACACUGGUCACUAGUUUCAGCAAUUUUAGGUGAGACACAGAAGUACCAGCCUUAUUGAAGGUGUGAACGAUCUCACAACAGGCACAAGAAUCCCAAACACGGGCUAUUGUUAAGACAAGCUAAAACUCACCUCUGAACCCCCAAAUUCACUUCCUGGCCGUGCCACACUCGGCUCCCCUAGCACCACCACCUAUUUACAGACACACGACUAUGAGUCUUAUUGAUAUGUCUACUAGAUUGGGUCAUACUAGUAUAAAGGUGUCUAUAGGAGUGUUAUUUCAUGUCCAGAGGACUCCUAUUUCGAUUCCAUUCAUGAAUAAGGACUCAUACUUACCACAGUCAGGUCUGGGACCAAUUAAACGCAAUGAAAGAGGGAUUAUUCUAUGUAGAAAUAUCUCUAAUAAUAAAUAGAUUUAUUUUUACAAUAUGCCGAGACUAUAAAAGAUGAGCCUCACUUUGGACACCCCCCUGCUGUAAGCUGGCAGCAUGCACCGGAAUGUCGCACUUUGAGCCACAAGUUUGCCAGGGACCACUAACUUUUUGUCAGGAACUGAUAAGGCAGGAAUUCCGUCCAUAUUUUAUAACAAGAUGUUAUUUAGCCUGGCUGCUAAGCUAACAUGCAGCUAACGUCUGACGUUUACACAAAGGGAACAUUUCCUCAUUUGAGUCACCUCAUAGCUUUUUUUCGUGAAUCCAGUGGCCUUUUGUGAAAAUGCAAACUGUUUUUAAAUGUUUGAAAGUGAAACUGACACUGCUGCUGAAAACACCUGAUGUCAUUUCAACAUCGUCUACUAGGAGAGCGUAUCUUGUUUUUAAUGAUAGGGUAUAUAUUCUAUUAUAAUCCGACUGUUACAAUGUGUGAUGCUAACAUGUAUUAAACAUUUCAAA